CCGCCGCCGCCGCUCGGGGUCGCCUGGAGCCCCAGAUUCCCGAGCGCUGGGUCUGCAUGGCAGCCGCCUCGGCGCAGGGCCCAGUGGCCCGCUAGGGGCAGCCCCACGCGCCCGCCCCCGCCCUGCCCCUCGGCGGAGCCCGUCGGAUCCUGUCUCGCUCUGCGCCGCUGGACUCGCCAUCUCCGAGCCCGAGGUGUCCGCACGUCCGGCUGUCCAUCCGGCCGUCCCUCCUGGGGCCGCAGCUGACCAUGCCCAGCGGCUGCCUCUGCCUACAUCUCAUGUGCCUGUUGUGCAUCCUGGGGGCACCCGGUCAGCCUGCCCGAGCCGAUGACUGCAGCUCCCACUGUGACCUGGCCCACGGCUGCUGUGCACCCGAUGGCUCCUGCAGGUGUGACCCAGGCUGGGAGGGGCUGCACUGCGAGCGCUGUGUGAGGAUGCCUGGCUGCCGGCAUGGUACCUGCCACCAGCCCUGGCAGUGCAUCUGCCACAGUGGCUGGGCAGGCAAGUUCUGUGACAAAGAUGAGCAUGUCUGCACCACACAGCCCCCCUGCCAGAAUGGAGGCCAGUGUGUGUAUGAUGGGGGCGGCGAGUACUACUGUGUGUGCCCUCCGGGCUUCCACGGGCAUGACUGCGAGCGCAAGGUUGGACCCUGUGAGCAGGCAGGCUCCCCAUGCCGGAAUGGUGGGCAGUGCCAGGACGACCAGGGCUUUGCCCCGAACUUCACGUGCCGCUGCUUGGCUGGCUUUGUGGGCGCCCGCUGUGAGGUGAAUGUAGAUGACUGCCUGAUGCGGCCUUGUGCUAAUGGUGCCACUUGCCUUGAUGGCGUAAACCGCUUCUCCUGCCUCUGCCCUGAGGGCUUUGCUGGACGCUUCUGCACCAUCAACUUGGAUGACUGCGCCAGCCGCCCAUGCCAGAGAGGGGCCCGCUGUCGGGACCGUGUCCAUGACUUUGACUGUCUCUGCCCCAGCGGAUAUGGCGGCAAGACUUGUGAGCUUGUCUUAUCAGUCCCAGACCCCACCACCACACAGGACAUUCCCCUGGGACCCACCUCGGCUGUGGUGGUACCUGCCACGGGGCCAGUCCCCCACAGCGCGGGGGCUGGUCUGCUGCGGAUUUCUGUGAAGGAGGUGGUGCGGAGGCAAGAGGCAGGGCUGGGAGAGUCUAGUCUGGUGGCCGUGGUGGUGUUUGGGGCCCUCACUGCCACCCUGGUCCUGGCCACCAUGUUGCUGACCUUGCGGGCCUGGCACCAGGGCAUUUUCCCCCCUGGACCCUGUUGCUACCCAGCCCCACACUAUGUCCCAGCACGCCAGGACCAGGAGUGUCAGGUCAGCAUGCUGCCAGCCGGGAGACCCCUGCCGCCUGCCCUGCCUGGUGAGCCUGGAAAGACCACAGCACUGUGAUGGACAUGGGGCAUUCCCACCCCUUUCUUCACCUCCUCCACCCCGCAGACUGUGGUGGACCCUUCUUGCCACCCUCAGCUGGGGUACACAUACUGAGGCACCUUAGCCUCACACCAGAAAUAAUAUUUUUUUAAUACACAGAAUGUAAGAUGGGAAUUUUAUCAAAUAAAACUGAAAAUGCAA